CAACGCUGCUUCUGCACGGCUCCGUGUAAUUGUCGCACUGCUUCAUCGACACCUCUCGCGCGUUGCUACUAUAGCAAUCCUCAUCACCACCCAAGCUGGCGCAAGCACUGGCGCCUCAUCUUAUUCGCGCACUCCACAACCAACGGAACCGCUAGGAAGGCUCCGAACCUGUGUACGAGAUCAUUGGGAGGCAUUGCAAGCUACUGUUAGACCCUCGAGACAUAGGCUACAAAGGUAGAAUCCUGACCAGGAUCAAUACCUUGCGACAUAGCCGUCGAGAGCAUUCGGAGGACUUCAGGAAGCAGUGCAGAGCAGCUCGAAUCACGCGCCAGGCCAGAAAAAGGGAGAGAAAGCUGGCAUCCUAGCUGUAAUUCACAGGCACGAUCGAGCAGACGGCACCAACAGUGACGAUAGCGAAGUCACGACGGGACUUUCGGCGGGCGCACAGAACGAACGUGGGCGAGCGCGAUCAACUCAGGUUCAAGAGCUGGAUUAAGAAGCACAAAGAGCUAGUACGACUGCAAGAGAAUCGUAUCUCAUCAUCGCUGAAGGCACGCUUGUAUCGUGCGAAAGGGAAGUCUGCAAAAGCCCGGCAGAGAGCUGUACGAUCCCUCUGAACCACACACUCUUGACACCACGAUGGACGACCGCCUCUUCCGCUACCGAUUUCCUCGCCCGGAGUGGCUCAAUAGUGCCAAUACGCGCACUGCAGGAGUGUACACUUCUGGUGCAUUGUUCGCUAUUGCCCUUUUCGUUCUCAUUGACGCAUCCGUCUACAGCAAUGGCAAUCAAAACGGCUCUAGCCUUCACCUCAACUUCGUGGACUGGAUCCCUGGAAUCUUCUCCUUCCUUGGCAUGGUCGUAAUCAACAGCAUUGACAAGACUCGCUUAUCGGGCGACACGUUCGCAUAUUCUGGUGAUGGUGUCGCAUGGAAGGCACGAGUCGUGCUGUUUAUGGGAUUUGCUGCGAUGGCUGGUGGGCUCGCUGGAGGUGUCACGAUCAUGGUUAUCAAGUAUGUUACGCAUGACGCCAAGGGAAUGCAGCUGUGGUUUGGUGUCUCAAACCUGGUUGCGAACGCGCUAGUCAUGUUGAGCUCUGCGGUACUAUGGGUCAGCCAGAACAUAGAGGACGACUACACCUAUAACUUGGCUCUGUAAGUGGGUUGGAGGCCGAGUCUGCUCCUGAUACACUGUAACUAUAGCAUACCUAUUCAUCGGUUGGAAUUGAGAGGGCCUUUUAC